GUUUCCAACACUAUCCUCUUUCUGAUACCUGAACGUCAGGCAAGAGACAGAAAAUAUGCGUGAAUGCAUCUCCAUUCAUGUGGGCCAAGCUGGGGCUCAGAUUGGUAAUGCUUGCUGGGAGCUGUACUGUCUGGAACAUGGGAUCCAGCCAAAUGGACAAAUACCAAAUGACAAGACCACUGGAGGGGAUGAUUCCUUCAAUACCUUCUUUAGUGAGACAGGGGCAGGAAAACAUGUUCCCAGGGCCAUCUUUGUCGACCUUGAGCCCACUGUCAUUGAUGAGGUGCGUACAGGAACCUACCGUCAGCUGUUCCACCCUGAACAGAUGAUUACAGGAAAAGAAGAUGCUGCAAACAACUACGCCCGUGGUCACUACACCAUUGGCAAGGAGAUCAUAGAUCUUGUUUUGGACAGAACACGUAAACUGGCUGAUCAGUGCACUGGUCUGCAAGGUUUCCUCAUCUUCCACUCCUUUGGUGGCGGUACCGGCUCUGGUUUUACCUCCCUGCUAAUGGAGAGGUUGUCUGUUGAUUAUGGGAAAAAGUCAAAGCUUGAGUUUGCCAUCUAUCCAGCACCCCAGGUUUCUACAGCAGUAGUGGAGCCUUACAACUCCAUCCUGACCACCCACACCACCCUGGAGCACUCCGACUGUGCCUUCAUGGUGGACAAUGAGGCCAUAUAUGAUAUCUGCCGCAGAAAUCUUGACAUUGAGAGGCCAACCUACAGCAACCUGAACAGGCUCAUCAGUCAGAUUGUGUCUUCAAUCACAGCAUCUCUCCGCUUUGAUGGAGCCCUGAAUGUUGACCUGACAGAGUUCCAGACCAACUUGGUGCCUUAUCCUCGAAUCCACUUCCCUCUGGCCACCUACGCCCCUGUGAUCUCUUCUGAGAAAGCCUAUCAUGAGCAGCUGUCUGUGGCUGACAUCACUAACACCUGCUUUGAGCCAGCUAAUCAGAUGGUGAAAUGUGACCCACGUCGUGGUAAAUACAUGGCUUGCUGUCUGCUGUAUCGUGGCGAUGUUGUACCCAAAGAUGUCAAUUCGGCCAUUGCCGCUAUCAAGACCAAACGUACCAUCCAGUUUGUGGACUGGUGUCCCACAGGUUUCAAGGUGGGGAUAAACUACCAGCCUCCAACUGUGGUUCCUGGAGGAGACCUUGCUAAGGUGCAAAGAGCUGUGUGCAUGCUGAGCAACACCACCGCCAUCGCUGAGGCCUGGGCCAGGCUCGACCACAAGUUUGAUCUCAUGUAUGCCAAGAGAGCCUUUGUCCAUUGGUAUGUUGGAGAGGGAAUGGAGGAGGGAGAGUUCUCAGAGGCCAGAGAAGAUUUGGCUGCUUUGGAGAAGGAUUAUGAAGAGGUGGGUGCUGACAACGUAGAUGACGAGAAUGAUGAAGAGGAAUACUAAGCAUGCUUUCAACUAAAACAAGUUGAAAUAUAAAAAACAGAGACCCUAUCCAACAUUUGUAAAUGUGGUUACAUAUUAAUCCAAAGUUAAUUCCAUUAUGCAGGUUCAAAAUAGGACAACUGUGGAAAAUAAGUCAAACUACGUUUUUUCCAUCUCCGUUUUUUUUUUUUUUUGAUAUCCAGAUAUGAUUGUGUACCCAACUUUUUUGCUGAUGAAACUUUUGUUCAGCUACCAAUAAAGUAGGCAAUUUUUCUUUUGGCUAAGGACCUGCUUAACACACAAACAAAACUAUGAAAUAGAUGAAAACUCAACAUAUUUAUUCAAAUCAAAUCCCAAUGAUCUUACAUUUGAAAGGCAUAAACUGCACAUUGUGGCACUCAGUAAUAAAAUAAAUUUAAUUUCACUUGUCCAAGCAUUGUCUAUUUUGAAAAUGUACUGAUUGUAUUUGUAAUCGUUUGGUGUGGUGCCAUCAAAAUGUUUCCAUUUUAAACAGAACGCGGUUGUUUUUUUGUUUGAGCAUUUCUUUUAGCUUUUAUGUCUGGCUAGAAAACUUACACCAAACCCUCCACUUUGUUCCCCUCCCCCCCAGUAUCCUCUCCCAUGAGGAAUGCAAGUUAUGAAAGGACUCCUAUGUCAGUUUCUACGUACCGUUCAGCUGUGACUCAGUUAGAGUGAGAACCAUAGAGAAUAACUGAUGUCCUCACUGGCUGGGGUUGUUUGUGCAGCUCAUUCUCAGACAGCGGGCUGUAGCAACAAUAAGAUCCCAGUUCAGUUUUGCAUGCAUGUAUGAAUAACAGCUUUGUGAUUCUAUUAGGGCAGUUUUAUUUUGUCUAGUCUUGUGUUAUGCUGUACUAUACAGUUGUUUCAAUGUUUUAACUCUGUUUUGAACUGAUCACAAAUUAUAUACAUAAAAACCAGUGUACCAUUAGCAUUGUCAUUAUGUGUUCUCCACUUGUUCUAUAAUUAAAGCUUACGUCUGCCAUGUUUAAUGCCAUCAAUAAAAAAUAAUUUUUAUUCCA